AUAGAGAUCAGGUCCAGAGCUCGGAGUUUAGCUGCCGCUUUACGUCGUGACUGAAUGAAAUCAUCACCUCUCAGCCUGCAGCGUUGGCUGCACUUUGUCAAGGGCUUGACGGAAAGGCUGAAAACUUAAAAGUGUCAUGUUCCUGCAAGACCAAGUUGCGCCUGCGCCUUGAACCUAUAUUUUUUUCUGUCCUCCUCAGCGUGAGGUAUGUUGGCUUUCCUUAAAAUCUGUUGCGGCUUCAUGGAAUGAGCAGAGGCGAACUGGAUCAUCAGGCAGAUCCGCACCGAUAAAGACGACACUACGGCACGCGGAUUGCCGUGGAUCCUCCUGGCACCGAAAUCGUUUCUAAUGAACGUGCUGUCGUUUUAUACCCGUGACAAGUGGUUUUGGCUUCACAUGGAAGAAGAUAUUGAUUUUUCCUCUCGAGUGUUUUGAAUGAGCUCCCACAGUCAGGUCCACGUACUGAGAUGAUCUAUUUCUGUGAUGGCGAAGGCUCUGUUUCCACGGGCCUGGGUGAAAAAGUCAUUCUAUUUCCAGGCUCGGAUCUCAUUUGUGCGAGUGAAGUACCUGUUCCUGACGUGGCUGACUGUGCUGGUGGGGAGCUGGGUGCUGUACGUUCAGUACUCGGCCUACACAGAGCUGUGCAGAGGGCACGAAUGCAGGAACGCCAUUUGUGAUAAAUACAGGAAAGGGAUCAUUGAUGGCUCUGCCUGCAGCAGCCUGUGUGACACCACCUCCCUCUACAUGGGCCGAUGUCUGUCACUGCUGCCCAACAACCAGGUAUACACAGGAAGCUGGGGGGACCAUGACGGGAUCAUCCGUUGUAAGCUGGGCGAAGUUGUGCACUAUGAGCUGGGCGAGGAGCCGGAGCCUCGCAGGGAGACCCCCGUAUUUGACAAGCCCACCAAAGGCACAUCAGUGGAGAAGUUCAGGGAAAUGGUUUUCAACCACCUGAAGUCCAAGCUCGGGGAGCAGGCGAACCUCGCCAGCCUGGUGGGUCAGGUCCUGACUGUGGCGGACGGUAACAAAGAUGGACGUGUGUCACUGCCAGAGGCUCGCUCUACAUGGGCCCUUCUUCAAAUGGACGAGGUGCUCCUGAGUCUCCUGCUCCAGGACCGUGGACACACUCCUCGCCUCCUUGGCUACUGCGGCGACCUGUACAUGACAGAGCGAGUUCCCUACGGGCCUCUGUAUGGUUUAUCUCUGCCCUGGCCUCUGGUGUCCUGGGUGCCCAGCGGCCUGCAGCGCACCAUGGACCAGUGGUUCACCCCGUCAUGGCCCCGCAAGGCAAAGAUCUCCAUGGGUCUGCUGGAGCUGGUGGAGGACAUCUUCCACGGCACCUACGGCAAUUUCCUCAUCUGCGACCUCAGCGCGGCGCAGUUCGGCUACACCGACCGCCACGAGCUGCGUCUCACCAACACCAGGGCGGUCAUUUCCGAAGAGGAGUUCAAACGCACCAUGCAGGUGCUGAAGUGCGAGUCGGACGCUGACUGCGUGUACGGUGCCGACUGCCAGACGUCGUGCGACGUGUCGCAGAAGAGGUGCAGGGUGGAGCCUGUCCAGCCGAACCUGGCGAAAGCGUGCAGCACGCUGAAGGACUACCUCCUGCGGGGCGCGCCGUCCGCGUUGAGAGAGGAACUGGAGAGGCAGUUGUACGCCUGUAUUGCUCUGAAGGGCAACGCUGGGCAGAUGAACAUGGAGCACUCACUCAUCCUCAACAACCUGAAGGCCCUGCUGUGGAAACAGAUCUCACACACCAAGGACUCGUGACGAGGAGGAAGGACUUCCUGCCAGCUGCUUUUGUCACGUGGAGCUGAGUCUGACACACGCUGUGAUGAAUGUGAUGAGCCAUGAAGCUGAAGCAGUCGUUCAAAUCAACUCUUUACAUCAAGGAUGGAAACUUAGAGACACCUAUUGGUCUAGAAAUGAAGAUGGUAAAAAAUAUAAACUGAAGAAUCGCAUGUCACCGUCACUCACUGACAAUAAGUCAUUCGGCCAUUUUUUUGUACCGUGAUAUAUUUUCCACCACUGUGGAAUGUUUCAGAGGCACUGCUGGAAAAAAAAAGAAAAAAAAGAAAACAGAACAGAAUGUUUUCUACUGUCUACUGUAGCCACAGGAGCUGUGAGAUUCUAUUGCUGUUUGUGCCACAAAAGAAAUGUUUUUUCAUCAUACAGGAUUAUAAAAUCCUUGUACAGAGGUUACAAUGUGAAGCUUGUUAAACUUGCACUAUGACGAGAUACUUCUAUACUACUACAGCCCUUGAUUAUACUAUAUUCCUCAGAUUAAUAUUAUUCCAGUGUUUUUAGAAAUAUGGAGAAAAUGAAGACCAAACCUAACAUUAUAUACGUUUUUUUUUAAUAUUUUUUGUUUAGUUUUUCAACACAUAGCACACAGCUGCUCAUUUUAAUGUAUUAGAAAUAUGUAGAACAUAAUUGUCUAAAACAUGGGCAGCCAGACAGAGGAAUAUUUGAAUAUAUAUAUAUAUAUAUAAAUACAAUGUUUAAUUUUUUUCUAUCUCUACUCUAAUCUAAGGAUUUGUCAUUUCAUUUUUCACAUUCUUUACAGGAAAUGAACGCAGCCAUCAAGUUGCAAAAAGAUACUGACUUAAAUCAAAGAUCUCUACCUUUUUUACAUAUUUUUUUCUGAUUAAUUCACAGUGUCAAUCAGCAGUAUCAGUUCUUCUUCAAAAGCCACACUCUAUUGAUAAUAUAAUUUAAUAAUGUCCUUUGGAUAAGUUCGGUGGGCCAUAUUCAGUCCCCGAGCCGUAGUUGGACCAUGAAUUAAGCAUUCAUUCUGUGCUUCGGUGAACCAGUUUUCGUCAACGCUGCGUAAUUUACACAAUCAAAAAGUAUUAGUGUAUUGAUUUUUGUUUGACAAUGUCAACCUGAGUGGACUUUGCACAGAGCGGAGCAUUCGUAUUUAUGUACUGUACAACAUUGUUUUCUGGCUGUCGUCUCUGCCAGUGCCAGAGAUCUGUUCAUGAAUGUUUUAGUCCGAUGAAGGUGAACGUCUUUACUGAUGUCUGUGUUCACAUCUGAACGCCGUACAAUGGAACAGUUUGUCUGUGCAGUGACGGCCGCACUCGUCGCAUCCACGUUCAGAACACACGACCUGUAAAGCAUGUCCAGCUUGUGGUCAUUGCCGAUGUUUAUAUUUUUUAAAUGUUGCAGAUGUUUACCAAGUGAAGAAACCAGCAUGAUUUUGCACAAAUAAACAACACACAACUUCAGCUUAA